AAAAGUUUUCCCGUCCGUCUUUCAAGCCAUGUGCGUACACCAGGGCUAUCAGACACGGGAGUGUGUUGAUCAAAACUGAAUAUAUUUUCGUUUGUUGUUAAAAUUUGUAAACAGCUCAAUCGGACGGGAGGAUGUCCUACUGCAGACAGGAGGGAAAGGACCAGAUAAUCUUUGCUACCAAAGAGGACCUGGAUCAGCCAAGCUCUGCAUUGAUCCAAGUAGAGGAGGAAGAGGAACCAGGUUUGAUCCUACCCAACGGAGACAUCAACUGGAACUGCCCAUGCCUUGGGGGGAUGGCGAGUGGUCCGUGCGGCGUGCCCUUCAGGGAGGCGUUCUCCUGCUUCCACUACAGUGAGGCCGACCCCAAGGGGUCCGACUGCUACCAACAGUUCCGCUCCAUGCAGGACUGCAUGACCAGCUACCCUGAACUUUACCCUUCCAAGGACGACGAUGAAGAGGAAGCCGAUAAUGAGAACAAAUUGAACAAUGAGGAAACUAAAACCGACUCUUUAGAAUCUCUUACAGUAGCAAAUACUGAUAAGAAAACAGAAAAAGAAUCUUCAUGACAUUAAUACAUUUUUGUAUAGGUAAAUCUUCGUCUUUACUGUUGUAAUGAUCAUGUUUCCACCAUGAUUUUGGAAAUAAUAUGUUUAUUAUCAUAUGAAUGAAUCAGUGGUUGAUCCUAUAAUAGGGUUGGGGGGUUGGGUGUUCCUCGUCAACAAUUCGGGAAGUUUUACACCACCCAAACCCCUUCAAAACAUCCUGGAUCUGCCGAAAUAAAUUAUGAUAAUUAACAGCACUGCUGUUACUGAUUGAGAGAAUCAAAUGCUGACACAGGAGAUCACCAUAUUGUGAAUGAGUCAGCCAUUUUUCUUCAGCUAUCAUUAUAGCUUGAUCGAACAUUAGAAGAUGGACGUAGAUGUGUAUAGGUGUGUGUGUGUGUGUGAUGUUCGUGCUGGGUACGUCUUCCCAAGGCAAGAGUGUCCACUAGCCUAUAUCUUAGCCUUGUUUCCACCCUUGCCAUUUCAAGCCUGUUUUUUACAUCGAUCGUGGCGCCACCCCGUGUAGAACACGCAUUGUGACCCUUGUGCUUAGAUCUGUUGUUAUUUCAAAUGGCUUCACAACGAUGGCUACCAUAGCAGACGACCUGGUUGGUCAGAUAACGAAAAGAUUCAAGAUUUACUCCCUGACAGACGGACAGUUAAACACAGUAAAGAUACUAUUACUUGAUCAUUUUUUCUUUCAAUGAUAGAGGCAUACAGACUACACAGUAUCAAGUAACCAUGGUAACACUGCACAUUGCUGUAACAUGAAAUGCCCAGCAAGGUUGAUCUAAAAAUGGCACUUCUUCUCCUUCACUUUGAUAACGGGCGGUCGGGUAGCCUGGUGGUUAAAGCGUUCGCUUGUUACGCCGAAGACCCGGGUUCGAUUCCCGACAUUGGUACAAUGUGUGAAGCCCAUUUCUGGUGUCCCCCGCCGUGAUGUUGCUGGAACAUUGCUAAAAGCGGCAUAAAAUCAAACUCACUCACUCUCACUUCGAUAAGCGUUCAGUUCAAGUUAAAAAAACGGUGAAGUUUGCAUUGAAAUAUAUAAGUAUUUGAGCGAAUUGAUUGAAAACUUUCAACCACUUAGAAAAUAUUUUCCUUCGCUUAAUUUAUGGAAUAAUUUCAGUGCAAAUUCCACUGGCCAUAGCAGCGACCUUGUUUUCGGAACCGGAUGUUAUCCACUGUUCACUGAUUGGAAUAUCAAUAUGUGCGAUAGUCCUUUCAUAUUUUAGCACAGAGAAGUAGUUUAGAAAUGGCAGGGGUUAAAACUAGGCUUUGAUAGAAGCUUCUGGACGCUCUUGCCACGGAAAAAUGUGCUGGAUAUUAAGGAGCAGAGGAUGGAGUCACUUUUGCUGCUCAAACACUAAAUUAUGAGGUUGAAAUUUAUAUGUAUUCAUUUUCUGUUGUAUACUCCAUUUCCAAACCAUUUCAACUGACCUCUGCUUCCAGGAGUCCAUACAGUGAAGUAUAUACCUAUGAUGUGUUUGUGUAGAAGGAGGACAUUAGCUGGAUAAUACAAAGCUAAGUAUAUACCCAUGAUGUGUUUGUGUAGAAGGAGGACAUUAGCUGGAUAAUACAAAGCUAAGUAUAUACCCAUGGUGUGUUUGUGUAGAAGGAGGACAUUAGCUGGAUAAUGCAAAGGACAAUAAAACAUGUUAAAUGAA